GUUAGGUUCGAGGAAAUUAUUUUACCUCGUCAUUCUUGAUCUAAAGCUGAUAGUGCAGCUAUCGCGUAUAUAUAUAUGAAUAAGUAGCAAGUAGAUUACGAAAAAUUGGUAGUCGCGAAUGUUACCACGUUACAUACAUAUAAGUAACCACUAGUCAGUCAUCGCGGAAUCGGCAAUUGCCGUCAUCUUCACCGAAUCUUUUGCAAGCAAACCAAUUACUUUUCUUUCCCAAUUAUGUCUUUAAAGUUGUAUUUUGAUUUACUCUCACAACCUUCGAGAGCUGUAUAUAUAUUCCUUAAGGUCUGUAACAUACCAUUUGAACGGAAUAUUAUAAAUUUGAAGAAUCUGGAGCAACUUUCGCCAGAAUAUGAAAAAGUUAAUCCAUUGAAGAAAGUUCCUGCUAUAGAGCACAAUGGUUUCUGCCUUGCUGAAAGUAUAGGGAUCAUGCGAUACAUAAGUAGAGAAUUUAAGGUGGCUGAUCACUGGUACCCAUCUGAUUCUAAACGUCAGGCAAAAGUCGAUGAAUAUCUUGAAUGGCAACAUCUUAAUACAAGACUACAUUGUUCUACGUACUUUUUAGUGCAGUUUCUUUUGCCCCUUAUGAAAGGAAGACCACCCAAGGCAGAAAAAGUGGAAGAAUCUAAAAAUCGUAUGAAUACUUGUCUCGACUUUAUUGAAAAUACAUGGCUGAAAGAUAAUCUAUUUUUAACUGGAGAUACCAUCAGUGUAGCUGACAUACUUGGUGCCUGCGAAAUUGAACAACCACGCUUAGCUGGUUAUGAUCCGAAGAUGGGAAGACCACGUUUGACUGCUUGGAUGGAAAGAGUUGCCAAAGAGACAAGUCCUCAUUAUCAAGAUGCUCACAAAUUUUUAAAUCAAAUGGUUAAACAAGCUGAAACGAGCAAACUUUAAUUUUUUUCUGUAAAUGGAAACAUGUACACAUUAUUCCUUUUAACCAAGAUAUUACAAUUUUUUAUCAUUUCUUGGUAUUUUAACUAUUCUUUAGAUAAAUGUGUCUAAACAUAUGAUAUAUAUUCAAAAAUAAGUUUAUGGAUAAACUAUGUAUUCCAGAAAAUUAUUACUCUUUUAUGCAGGUAUUAUAUAGGUAAAGUUCAUGCCACUUAUCAAUUAUUUUCCAUCCAUUUAUUUGCAUCCAUUAAACGAAUUAUUUGGUGCUGCAAUUUUUUUACAGAUAAAAAUUUUUAUAAAAGUAAAAAAUUUUAUCGAUAAUGAUUUUUACUUCACAUAUACAAUAAUUAAGAAGCAUUAAGACAAAUAUAUACUAAGCGUUAUUUUUCUCAAAGCAACACGUUUUUAGAUAUAUAUUUUAAAAAAUAAAACAUAAUUUCUCAUAUUA